CACCAGCACUCGCACGCCAUGCAUCUGACCGAUUCUCCUCGGUCAUUGUAACAAUAUAUGUAUGCUGCUCGUAAUACCUUCUUAAUAUGUAACAAAGUAACAACUAACACCGCUGACCGCUGCAACAUUAAUAACAAAUCCUUUAACUAAAAGCUACAAACACUGGUCGGUACACAGCUCACUUGUUACGACAUUGUUGUGAUGUUUAAAAGCAAACGUUAUUGACGUUGUCACGUGGAAAGCGCUCACAAUGGAUUUAUUUACACUAUUGUAAAAUAAUUUAUUAAAGGUUAAUACAAUUUUUACUUGCAAUACAAUAAAUUUGAAAUUGCAAUGGAUAAGAAACGGUCAACUUAUACAUCAAGCAAGGGAAAGGUUAUGGAUGACAUUAAAAAAACAGAACACUCGAAAAAAGCAAAAGGAGAUUGUGAUGAUUCAAAGAGUAGCUCCCACACAAAAUAUUUUCAAAGGCUGAAAUAUACAACAGAAUAUAAAAGAAUUACUAGAGACGAAUACUUAGGAUUUUCCGAAUCAAUAUCGGGUUCUUCUGAUAGUUUCGGCUGCUUACAUGGACCCGAAGGCAAGCUAUAUUCAACGGAGGCAAAACUUAAAAGAAAUUUCCUAAAAGAACUCGAUCCUGUACCGGUCGCCCGUGCCUGGACGGACAGAUGUCCUCCAGCUCUAGGAUGGGAGAUAGUGGAAACUUUAGAGUUCCUUGUAAGUGAUCCCGUGGGAUGCGACUAUGUAGACAGAUUGGAAAUUCAUCUCCGAGAUUUUGCAAGGACUGCUCGUUCAGGUUAUAAAAUAGACAUAUUGAAUAGCUUUUGUGUCAUAAUGGAUUUCCUCGUGGAAAACUUAAAUCAGAAACCUUGUUUGAGAGAAGGUACGAUACUUCUAAUGAAAAAUAUGGACAAGCCGAUUUUGUUAAGAGUUGCAUCAGAUGUCAUAAAUCAAUUUGAAAAACUCCGGCAUUAUAUCGGCUUUCUAGGGUAUCUCAUGGUCCGUGUGGAAGACGAGGACAUGUUCGAGCUGGUAUCACGGGGGUUACUGUAUCAGCUGUCAGCUCGAGACAGACAGACGAGAGGAGCACACGGUGAGAGCGUUGUCUCUCUGCGGCACGCCCUCCUCGCGGCCGCGUCUCCUGCUCUGUACCGUGUCAUAGUCUCCAUGCUGGCCGUGGCGUCCCCGCGCAGGUUUCCAGCAUUCCUCCAGGCAGCGUUGAUACUCGCCAGUGCCUCGUCACAGAACUGUAUCGAGAUGAUCAAAGAGAAUAUAAUUGAAAAUAUAUUUUACCGUUUUAAUCCAUUUUACCCAGAACGUCUACCAGACCACGAAAGUAAUCCCGUCGAUCCUCAAGAUCGGAACAUAAAACUCGGUGACAGUACUAUCCACAUGUCAAGUACUCUAUCUCUUUUACUUAUUCUCUUGAAAAACUUAAAGAGUUUCUUGGACGAAAAUGAAAAUGAGCGAAGAAAGCUGCCUUGUCCAGAUUUUUAUUCGCAGAGGUGCUUUAUUUGGGCGUUCCGCUAUGAGUGCCGGGCUCGUGAACACGGCCACGAGCGCCUCACAUUGACGGCUAUAGCGUAUGCCUUACUGCACUGCUACUUGGGAAGACUCGAUGCUUUCUCAACGCUCUUGAUGUCAGAUAUUAUGACUCUGUCCGUGCUAACCGAGAUUCCUGCCAAAGCCAAUUGGACUCGCACAGUGAACUUCAACACGGCCCAAUUAGACGUUCAGUUUAAGAAAAUUUUAAUAAGCCUGUCCGUUGCUCUCCUUAAAGUCUUCCCUUAUAACAGAUUUAUGGUUGAAUCUCAACACUGGCUCUUGGGUUUGAUGUUUUUGUUAGACCCUGGACUGUGUCAUCUCAGAGCUCACUGGUCGCCCUCGCUGUUUGCAGAACUUCGAAAAGUAGCCUUACAAGCAUUGGUUUGCACGUUACCGCUUAUGAGAGAUAAUCUUAUUAUCGAGUAUGGAUUAGUUAGGAGAUUGAUGUGGUAUGUGGAGUGGUACUCGGAGAAUCCUUACGAACUGCCGGUGCUAUACUGGUGUAUUCGUCUGCUGCAUGUUUCAGCUCGGAAAGACAGCAUCCAGGAACUGUUUGAUACACAUGGAUUGAUCAUACUUAUACACUUAUGUUCGACGUUGCUGGAGCAGCAAUGUCCACCGGUGGUUCGUUCGCAGGUGGUCCUCGGCCUGGCCGUUCGUUUGUUGUCGUCCGCCGCGUCGUCUCGUCUCCAAGUCCGCUGCUGCGUGUAUCCUCUCAUCAAGUGGCCGGAGUCGGUCCUGCCGCUGGCCACGCAGAUGCUGGACGUAGCUCUGUACGCUCUCAACAAACAACACAUCGUCAGCGAUAGAUGGCUUAUUUCACUAUUAAAUUUUAUUUGGGAAGCCAUUAUUUGGAAGAACGAAUACAGACAAAAAUUCAUCUCGUCUAAUGGCAUAUACAAUCUUUUGGAUUUGAUUACAAUGUGCUCCCCGAGCGUGCAGAGUGUGUCGCUGUCUGUGAUUGUGGACGCGGUACGAGGAGGCAGAGCUGCCGGCUAUCUGGUGACGUGGCGGGCCCCGCUGGCAGCGGCGAAUGCUAAUCCUGUCGUAGUAAAGAGAGGAAGUACAAUCGCCAGCCUCAUAGCAUCCGUGUUUAAAGACAGCUGCUUGAGAAGAGGCAUCUCCCUGGACAAUAAGGGUGUUAUACAAAAUUUAAAUAAUCCACUGAUGGGAAGUGAAGUCUUCACAGAGACAGACGGGCGGUGUUCCGAGAUUGAAGUGGCAGGGUCACGAAUGUCCAAGGCCUUCGCCCUUCUCCAGCUGCUCUCCGAGGAUCUCCAGCACAAGGUUUCCAUAGCUGAUGAAUCAUUUAAUUUAUAUAAAAAUAUUAAACUAUCUCCAGAAGAAGAGACGAUUUUGAUUUUAUGUUCACAUUAUUUGACUCUGAAGUUAAAUGAGACCUGGCUUGAAACAAAGCGAGUAACGGUGACACUACUGCAGCAGGAUGAAGACACAUUAGAUGAAUUUGUUGAGAUCAACGUAGGAUGGGCGAAGGAGAUUAAGCGACAACAAGAAUAUGUUCUAGAAAGACACGAAAAGGAAGAGGAGUGCGAGGAGGACAGUCUGUACUGGUUGCUGGGUCGCGGACGACUGACCGCGGCGCUGGACGCCCUGCAGCUGGUCCGCUGCUCGGCCCGCUCGGCCCGCACGGCCCGCACGGCCUCCGCCCCCCGCCGCGGCCCCGCCGGCCUCCCCGCUAACACUAUCCUCACAUACAAGCCACCGCUCGACGACCAAAACGUGACGGGCCAGUACGUGCACGUGGUCAGCAUCUCUCAGAAGCGGCCCGAGUCCAGGACACCACAACUGUCGCCCCCGCCGCACAUACACCAAUGACCAGUGACAACUCCGCUCUAGCUCUCGCUCCACGUCACGGGAGACGCGUAGGGAUCGUCACAUAGAGUAUAUCAUAUUUAG